AUGACUGCAAUGGAAAUCGACACAGAGAAAAAUCUGCAGAGAAAGCAAUCUACUUACCAAUCCCUGGAUGAGACAUUUGAGAUUCAAAAUGAGACCUAUAGAGGUCAGCAAUACAGUCAAAUAUACUUUGUUCGUCUUCACAUAAUGAGAACUAUGCUUUACUCUCUUGUUACCCAUUGGAAACCCCAUAUCCCAGUUUGUACGAUUUUGGGAUUGGAAGAAGGCAAGGAAUGCAUAAUUGUCGGAACCCUGUACAAGCACAUGAAACUUAAACCAUGCAUUCUUGAUGAAUACUCUAAGGAGAGAUCUGCAGUGCCUCUUGUCAAGCUUCAUAACUUUAUGCAUCCGGAUGAUCAUUUGGUUUUGGAAGAUGAAAGUGGAAGAGUUAAGCUUGGCGGCACCAUGCUUUCACCUUCAGCAUAUGUCACUGGUGUUGUUGUUGCUUUGCAUGGAAAGGAAACUAGCGCCGGCGACUUUUUGGUUCUAGAUGUCCUUGAAGCUGGUUUAGCACCACAGAUAGAUCGCCAACUGAAAUCAAAAGAAGACAGGUAUGUCGUCUUUGUGUCAGGGGUGAAUGUUGGGAGCAGCACAUCAAACCCUCUCCAAUUUCAGCUUCUUGUGGAUCAUAUAACAGGACAUCUGGGAGAUGAAAAGGAACAGGGUAUUGCGGCAGAGAUAGUUCAUGUUGUGAUUGCAGGUAAUUCAGUGGAAAUUCCCCCUGGUCUUCUAAAUGGACAGAAUUUAGCUUCAAAGGAUCAAUCUAGGCUUUCUGAGCCAGUUCAAGAGCUGGAUAUCUUGUUGACUCAGAUUGCUGCAGGCGUGUCUGUGGAUAUCAUGCCAGGAUCCAGUGAUCCAGCAAACUUUUCUUUACCUCAACAGCCAUUGAGCAGAUGGCUUUUCCCUGGAUCCAGAGUAUAUAACACUUUUAGGUCGUGUACCAAUCCUCAUUGUUUUGAGCUUGAUGGUGUCAGGUUUCUUGGAACAUCAGGUCAGAACAUUGAUGAUCUUAAAAAGUAUUCAGAGGCAAGGGAUGAGCUUGAAUUUAUGGAAAGAACAUUAAAGUGGAGGCAUUUGGCCCCAACAACACCUAACACACUCGGGUGUUAUCCUUUCACUGAUAGGGAUCCUUUCCUGAUUGAGAGCUGUCCUCAUGUUUACUUUGUUGGUAACCAAGAUAAAUAUGGAACACGCAUUUUAAAGGGUUCAGAGGGGCAGUUGGUGAGACUUAUUUCCAUUCCUAAAUUCUGUGAUACUGGAAUUGCAGUUGUGCUUAACCUGAGAAAUCUGGAAUGCCACACUCUCAGUUUUGGUACUCAAAUCAGCGCAUAA